AUGGACAAAGAAAGUGCACGAAAUAACUAUUAUCUGUCAAAACGAACUGGAGAUAUUGGACUCUUCGCAAAGAAAAACAUUGACAAAGAUGGUACCGAUGAAGGGGAUUUGUUUCAAAGACAUAUUAAAAUCAAUGUUGCAAAGCCUUACAGUGAUGUGGAGAAUAUAAGCAGUGAUGAUCUCGUUGUUGAUGAAAGUCAUAACGAUUUAACUGCAUUAAAAGACAUAACAGAAGAGGAAUUACAAGAUACUUUAAAUUCUGAUGAUGAAAAUAAUAAUUCAGAGAGAAAAGUGAUUAUUUCUGAUGAUGAAAAUAAUAAUUCAGAGAGAAAAGAGAUGAUUGUGGAUUUUGAAACUAGUAUGCAAAGCAUAAUUGAUGACGAUGAGAUACCCUUUGAUCAAGAAGAAAUUGUUUGUAGUUCAAAUGAAGAUGAAACUGAGAAAGAAAAUUCUCACAGUGAAGAAAAUGGCGAUAUAUCCUCCAGUGAACAAUUUUCUGAUAUAUCUGAUGACGUGGAAGAUUGCGUGCGUAGUGAAGAAAAGGUGAAUAGUGAAAGUGCUCUGAGUGAAGAAUGUAUGUGUAUUGCAGAAAAGAUGAGUAGUGAAAACAGUGACGAGUUCUGUGAAAUCAAUGAAGAAAAUUUGUCAUGUGAAAAUAAUGUUUUAAUUGCUGAUGAUGUCUCUAGUGCAGAUAGUGAUUAA